GUUUGCAAAUGUUGUAUUUUCCCUUUAAAUAUGAAUGACUUUUGUAAUACUGCCAAAAAUGUUCAAACCUAUAGUUUUUUUCGAAGGUGAAACUCGAAAAUAGAAGGGCAGUACAUGUUUUGGGUUGCUGACUAAUUGGAAACUUAAGCUUAGUGUGGUUAUUAUUAUGGAAAGAGAAUCAAAUUAUAACGCAGAGCCAACAUUUUGAAGAUUUUCCAUUUUGUUUAACAUCAAAUGUCUUCAAGAGGUUCUGGGAUCGGAGGCGAACCGCCCGCCGUUGACUGAUCCGAAGUUUGAGAAAUGGCCCGGCCAUUGUUUUUUGACAGUGAUUGGCUGAUUGCCCAAAAAAGGUUCGUCUGCCAAAAUUUCGUUUCUCUAAUUGGUUGAAUGUUACUGAGAAUAGUCCACACAUGCAGGUACGGUCCAUCGGUUUGUACGGAAGUUGUCGGAGUCCGAAAUAAAAUAACACGGUUAAAUUAUUUAAGUGCUAGUUACAUGGUUUAAAGUUUCACUGUCUUUCGACCUAGAACGAUUUUAUAAAAUACAUGUUAAUGCAUUUUGGAGCAAAUGUCUGCGUUUCUUAUUAUUUAUAGCGCCCUUGGCAGGAACGCGACACCCCUAUUAUCAAAUGAUUUCGCCCACUUAAAGGUGAACGCCUUCUAAAUUAUUUCCAGAUGAAUGAUUUGGAAUAAUAUGAAUUCGACUAGCACAGCUUGCGCAAAAUCCUAUGUAAUUCGACAUAAAUAUGUUUGCAAAUAUGUAGUAUUUCUUUUUGAAAUAUGCUUGUAUUAUUAAUAAAUAAUCUAAAUCAGUAGUUAGUUGUUUUACUUUUGUCGGAACGAGACUCGUAGUAACAUCCGCCAUUUUGGAAAAUAGGUCAGUGAAAAAUUAAAAUUAUCCGUCUGCAACAAUUUGCCUGAACGAGCUGUGUUUACUGCUAAACAGUCUGCUUACACGGCCGAAUUUUGGGGCAUUUUGAAGACAGACACUCACUGCAUUGACCCUGCAUGCUAGUAAGGGAUGUUUUCUGCUCUCCAAGUUUGAGAAAUUGUAGCUAUGGGUUGCGGAAAUAGCUCAGAAACCGAGGGACGAAAGGAGGAGGAGCACGGCUUUUUUCACCGCCGACCGAAAGUGAGCAUACGGGUGGGACAGCACGUUGAGGAGACCUCCAAGGAUGAAACGCUCGUUGUGUUCGUGUUUGGCGGUCCCGGCUCCAAGAAGGGUCGCAUCGUGGACGACCUUGUCCACAUGUACGGCUUCAGGGCCCUGAUAGCCGAGGAUCUCAUCCUGAAGGAACUUCCCAAGAAGGUGCAGAACGUGAUGACCAUCGAGAGCACGAGGGGUCUUGCCGAGAUGCUCAAGGACAAUCAAUCUCUCUUGUCGCUGGAGUGGAUUCUCGAGCUGAUCGGCAACGAGAUCGAGAAAGACCCAAAGCGCCCUCACAUCAUCGACAUCAUGCCCAACCUGCGAUUCUUACUGCGCUGUGAGAAGUACAUCCAGGAUCCCGAGUACGACAUGAAGAACUUUGAGAAAAGGUUCCACAACGUCUUCGCCUUGAACCUGGCCAUCCCCGAAGAGAAGGUCAUCAAGCAGAUCACGGCCCACAGCGCCAAGCAUCCUGACAAGAUGAAGGAGGCGGGGCAGAGCGACGAAGCAGACACCAGCAGAACGCAGAGGCGUAACGCUCUGUACACGUCCAGCGUCAAGAACUUCCUGAAUUACUUUACGUCGUCGGGUCGCCUUGUGACCGUGGACGUAGCCUGCGGAGUGGCUGACCUCAUUUGGCACCGGGUCAGCGAUUUCUUCGGCCACCAGCUCGAGUUGGAGCCCAUCAGGACGGUCAACACGGUCAUCAUUUUUGCUUUUGAUGAGCUUGACUUUGACGGAUUAGAUAUGGAUCGCUAUGCACUGCAGUCGGUGACUCUCAAGAACCUUGUGGAUGACAGCAAAGCCCCUCCAGAUAAAGUUCUUGCUGCCCUGUGCCGGCACAUUGACACGUCUGCUCCGUUGGUGGAGGCUUUUGCAGUCGACGCCGCGGACACCACACUCCUAUCCUACACAUCAGACAGAAAAAGCCGCUCGACCCGCUUCGUGGAGCACGCCGAGACGUACCUGGACAAGUACAUCUUCAUCUCCAACUUGAAGAAGACGCGGGGCCGCAAGUGCAGCCUCUUCCAGCGUCUGUACAAAGUCGUGGCCACCACCCAGAACGAGGUCUGCCUCUUCCCCCAGGAGACGGACACGGAGCUGUGCAAACGAAUAGCCCUCUACAUGGCCGAGGAGCGCAAGGGCUAUUAACAGAAACAAAAUAGCAAAAUCGACCCCCGAUGUACCCAGACCCCUCGAUAAAAAAUACUGUAAAAAAAAUUUACAAAAAAAAUCUGGGUGCACCUUUGACGUCAUCUAGAAUUGCACAUAGAUUCUACUCGUGGUUUUGCUUCUUCUGUUUUUUUACUCCAGGUUUCAGUAGCAACUUUGAAUGCACUUCUCAAUUUUUGCGUCUUUUUUUAGAAUCGUAACAGAUAAUUUCGGUGGAAUUUGGAAAAAAAUCUGCAGAAGGCACUGGGAACUUAUAAACGGGGACACUGUUAAUACGUUAUGUACUUUGGUGCGGAUUCUAUGCAGAGAGAAAGCGAGUUUGUGAUGAUGAAAGCGUUAUGCUUU